CGUCGUCAACAAUAAUGGCAGGGUCUGUCCUUUGGGGAAGAAAAACUGGUCCUUUUCUAGCGAAUUAUGCAAGAAAAUUAGAACGCAUUAAAUUAUCAACCAGAGAUGGCCGGUCAUUCUUGUACCCAGAGGCUGUCACAGGUUGUUAUCAUGGACGAUGGAUGUCUACACAUCAAUCUGAUGAAAAACCUUCAGUGCGAGAACGGGUGAAUUCUCAAAUGGACAAAUACUUUGGUUACAUCAAACCAAAGAAAGUGUCCACAACCAGCAGAAGUGCUCUUAAAAUAGUCUCCCCAGAGGGCGAAGUCAUACAUUACAGGGAGCGUUUCAUCCCAAUAACACGUCGCUCCAUCAUCCGUCAUUUGAUGCAAGAGGAAGGUGUCCUGACGGAUGCUGAACGACAAGUAUUCGAGAAGUUUGCUUUGGCAAUAGAUGGCGCCCUGACCAACCGAUAUUAUGGGACCUUAGAGGAGCUCAAGAGCCUGUUUGACCCAAUCAACCCAGAUAAGGACACUAUCGCAACCAGACAGUGGAAUCAGAAGGAAAGACUUGACAAUGAGUUCUGGCUUCUACAAAAACUUGGAGAUGUCCUGGUCAGAGCGAACUUCCAUGAACUUCCAAAAGCUGUGGUGGAGAAGGCGAUAUCUGAACACUGUGCUGGAGAGGGGAUAAUGGUUAGCGUAAACCCAAUGAAUUACGACGUGAUGCGCUUCUGGGCCCUGGGACGCGAGUGCCCUGAACAAGUUAUCCCCUGGUACAAACUCCUCUUCUAUAAAUUGAUCAGACGUCCAUUACCACAGCCGUUAGAGUACUACAAACGCGUCGUGACGGCGGUCAGACUGAAGAAGGAUUCGAAACUCUUACUCAAAGGGUUUAAGGAUAUUCCUAUCAAUGCGUUAGAACAGUUACUACCAGACGGCAAGAUACGGAUGACGCAUAUAGACCGCUCCAUAAUCACUGCUACGUUUUCUAUUGGAAUUAUUGGCAUCGUAGCAAAGACAAUAUCAACAUUAGCAGAUUAUCAAAUUCAGUGGACAUUAAUUUUGUCAGCUGUGUGUGCACUUGUUGGGAUACGAGGAUGGACUGUUUACAAGAAUAGGAAGAAUAGAUACCUGGUUGAUCUUUCACGGAUGCUCUACUACAAGAAUAUUGCUAAUAACCGUAGCCUGCUGACCCUACUGGUUGACCGGGCCCAGGAUGAAACAUUCAAGGAAGCACUGUUGACGUACACAUUCUUGCUGAAGAACCGUCCCCCUUCAUAUUUAGAGAAAGGCAGUAGUGACCAAAAGCCAGUUGAAUAUGGUGGGAUUUCUUCCUCUGUCCUUGAGCGCCAGGUAGAAGAUUGGAUCUUUGGCAAGUCCGGCUCAAGCGUAGAAUUCGAUUGCCAAGAGUCCGUCAAUCUUCUCCAAUCAUUCGGAGUCCUCAGCAUUGAUGAUGAUAAAUUACAUGUUCUGCCAGUAGAUGUGGCCAUGCGUCACUUACCUCAGCAGCCAGAGUCUGUGAUCCGACGUGAAGCUAUUAACGUGGACGACCUUGAAGGGUACGAUCGAGACUCAUACAAUGAGACAGAGAAGCAGGUCAAAGAUCAGGAUAAAAAGGACAAAAAGUUUGGCUGGCAAUAAUGAUUGUGAAAUUUCAGGAUUUGUGUAGACUGGUGCCAUUUUUGUGCUCCGUUUUCCAUUAUUCAGCUCUUUCAGAAGCUUGGAAUGAUAAGUAUACUGUGUUAUUAGUCAAAGUAGUAGCACUAAGGACUGCAAUGUAGCUUGUAGUAGUCAGAAAGAAGUAAAUCCUGCGUUCAGAUUCUCUGAGCAUUGAUGAGGCCAGUCCUGGGACUGCAAACCAGAGUUGUACAUAUUCUGACUGUAUAUCAUUUAAACUAUUAUCUUGGUCCUUGCGUUAGAUUAUGAAGUAGAAAUAUUAUUUGAGUCUGUGCAAAUUGGUGAUAUUCUGAAUCCUGGUUACCCGUGAAGUUGAAUGGGCCACCCAAAGACCACUAGUUUGAUGUCCUAGCUCCUGCCUAUAGUCCCCCUUUAAGGCAUUUGAUGGAAGGAUGGUAAGGCCGAAGUUACACAGACCUCAUUCGUUCAUUUCCCAGGACUCAUUUUCCCCUUUUGCUUUCUUUCCCCUGUGAAUGCACGGCCUUGUGGCGUGCAUUCCUCGCAUUCACCGAGGAAUGAAAGAAAAACCCGGAAAGUGACUCGUGGUAAAUGAGCGAAUGAGGUCUAUGUAACUUCGGCCUAAAUGAACUUGUCAAAGGUUAGAUUAUGGACCAAUAAAAGUGCUUGUAAAUUGACAGACAUUACUAUCUUGUAUUUGAAACUGCUUAUUGUUGUGCGUUAUGUUCAAUUAAAGAAGAAAUUAAAUGUUUGUACAGGAA